AUGCCCGUAGAGGCCAGCGACAAGCGUACACCCGCGCCCGUUAGUAGCCAGAAGAAACCGGAGGCGGCCAUCCCGCCCCUCCCGAACCCGUCGACCGGGAGCGCGAACCCGUCCGCCUCCCUCCACGCGCUUUGGGGAUACCUCCACCCGGCACUGGACCACAUUGUACGCGCACCGACGAAUAACCCCGCCAAGGCCCCCGCUAUCGACGUCAGCUACCACAUGGGCGUGCACACCGCCGUCUACAACUACUUCACCGCGCAGUCCGACGCCUCCUCUGCGCCCGCCGGGCUCGCCGGCUUCCCCGCCCGCUUUUCGGUGCAGAGCGAGAAGGCGAAGGCGAGCGGCGCGGACCUCUACGAGCAGCUCGACCGCUAUUAUGCGGACGUUGCGCGCGAGAUCUUCCUAGGGGCGCCCGCGGACGACUCCACGCUCGUGCACUACCUCGUCCCCUGCUUCAACCGCUACGCCGCUGGCGCGCAGUCUGUGAGCCGCCUGCUAAACUACGUAAACCGGCACUACGUGAAGCGCGCGAUCGACGAGGACCGCGGCUGGCUGCGGCUCGCAGACGUGCUCGACGCCGUCGCCCGGACGAUCCGCGAGGACGACACGCGCGAGAAGGUGCAGAAGCGCCUCCGCGAGCGGCGCACGGAGGAGCUGAAGAAGUGGGGGUUCCGCGAGGGCGAUCCACCGGGGCGCGUCGCACACAUCGAGUCGUACGCAGAGGCGGCAAGCGCACCCGAUCGCGUCGUCCCACUCGCGGCGCUCGCGUAUCGGAGGUUCCGACUGGAGGUCAUGGACCAGCUCCUUGCCGUUCCAAAGCUGAAGGGGUCGAAAGGGAAGGGGAAGAAGAAGAGACCUCCACCGUCGAACGGAGACAAACCUCCGUUACCCCGUGGGCGGUUGGCGCGAGCGGUGAAGGAGCUGUUAGAGUCGAAGGGCGGCGACGAGGAGGAGAAACGGCGGCUGGCGGGAGAACUGGCGAUUGCACUGCGUACAGUGGGCAUCAAGGUGGACCAUCCGUUGCGCAAGAAGUUGGACAAGUUUUUGCCUCCUGAAGAGCACUAA